AUGGUUGGAAGCAAGCGCACGAGGAGUAAAACCGCCGUGAUGGCUCAAUCCGUGACGGCCCAAAGCCACUCCACCCACGAUCUCGCGAUUGACAUGGUGGCACUACCACCUCUCGCCACCGUGCCACCUACCGGACCAGCGACCGAAUCUGGCAACCUCCGUGGCACCGCCGCCGAACAUGGUGGAACCUCCCAUCAGGGUGGGCUCGUUACCACCACCGACUUAGGCCCGGUCUUGGAGCAACUUCAAGCGUUCCCUUCAUUGCCUCCACGCUCGACACACGCUCCCGCGUACACCUCCAGUGAAACCCUAGCCCGUGUGCAAUUGGGCUCUACACGCUUCUCUCCUCCCGAUCCACAAAGCCAAGCAGAUCUAAAUAUGAGAGUUGACCAGAUAGCUCAGAGAAUGGACGACCAAAACGCUAUUAUGAGGCAGCUCCUCAAUCAAAUAAGUGUGGCUCAAAAUCUUGGCCUUGGACAACCAGGCGAAGAGAGAAGAAUAGACGAACGCACCGGUGGGCAGCUCAACGGGCACCAAGUAGGUCGAGCAGGAGUGAGCAGACAAGGGGAUGCACAAUCACGUGAUCAGCUUGCCGACAUGUCGCGAGCAUCUGCAAGCCACACACAAAGCAACAUGCAAGAAAGGCUCGGCCCACAACUUGACAUCCGUGCUCGCCUGGGCUCGCAAGGAAAUGUACUUCAAAGGCUAGGCUCCUAG